CCGCAGCAUCGGCAACCCCACUACAUCACGAGAUUGGUUAUAGUAUACUUAAGACUGGAGUAGUUCGUGCAGCGAUUUUCUUCAGUAUUUUUGGUAGUAACCAUCUCGGGGCGACCAUCCCCUUAUCCUGGACCUUUUAAGUUAAUCGUUCAACAGAAAACGUGUCAUCAUGGCGUUUGCAAGCUUGGACCCUGGGCCAGGUGUUGCAGCACUCCAGGCUUGGGGUGGACAAGUAGCAGCCUAUGGCGCUUCCAACCAAACGGUCGUUGACAAAGUACCCCCUGAAUUACUGCAUAUGGUAGAUCCAUAUUGGUAUCAGUUUCCACCAAUGAAUCCUCUGUGGCACGGCCUGCUAGGUUUCACUAUCGGCGUCCUUGGCUUCAUCUCGAUCUCUGGCAAUGGAAUGGUUAUCUAUAUUUUCACAAGCACCAAGAGUCUAAAAACGCCUUCAAACUUGCUAGUUGUCAAUCUUGCAUUCUCGGAUUUUUUCAUGAUGUGCUGCAUGUCACCGGCUAUGGUUAUAAAUUGUUACAAUGAGACCUGGGUAUUUGGGGCUCUGGCAUGCGAACUCUACGCUUGUGCUGGUUCCUUAUUUGGCUGUGCAUCCAUCUGGACAAUGACAAUGAUUGCUUUCGAUCGCUACAAUGUUAUAGUCAAAGGUAUAGCCGCCAAGCCUAUGACUAACAAUGGUGCAUUAUUACGCAUUCUUGGAAUCUGGCUUUUCUCUCUUGCAUGGACUCUCGCACCUUUCUUUGGCUGGAACAGAUAUGUGCCUGAAGGUAACAUGACUGCCUGCGGAACUGAUUACCUGAGCAAGGAUUGGUUCAGCCGCAGUUACAUCCUUGUCUACUCAGUCUUUGUGUACUUCAUGCCUCUGCUCUUGAUUAUCUACUCUUAUUUCUUCAUUGUCCAGGCCGUAGCUGCCCACGAAAAAGGCAUGCGAGAACAAGCCAAGAAAAUGAACGUAGCCUCUCUUCGGUCUAGUGAAGCGGCCAACACUAGCGCGGAAUGCAAGUUAGCUAAGGUAGCAUUGAUGACGAUAUCCUUGUGGUUUAUGGCCUGGACUCCGUAUCUGGUGAUCAACUACACCGGAGUGUUCGAGAGUGCACCUAUCAGCCCUCUGGCUACCAUCUGGGGAUCACUCUUCGCGAAAGCUAAUGCCGUAUACAAUCCUAUUGUAUACGGUAUCAGUCACCCGAAGUACCGCGCGGAGCUUUACAAAAAAUUCCCUUCGCUGUCGUGCCAAGCAUCGCCGGACGAGAGCGGAUCGGUUGCUUCUGGUACAACCGCUGUAUCCGAAGAGAAACCUGCCGCGUAGAUACUCCACACCGAGACCACGACACCACGACUAUCGGACAUGCGAUUUCUGCCAAUGCGAUGUUAUUUAUUUUUAUACGCAAACAUUUACAUUUGUACAAAGUUAUGAACUUGAGCACAGAGCGUGUGCUGAGCAAAGUACUCAGAACACAAACUUUUUUUAUAUAAUAAAUAACUAUAACUGCGUACUUUGAGUUCACGUUUUGUGUUUCGAGUUGAACGUUGCACACUUUUCUUAUACCUAUCUUACAUUUGCUUCAAAUGGCUGACGACAUGUAAAAAAAUACAAAAAAAUGAUGGAUUAUCUCAAUGUCGCUAGGCCGCCCCUUCCAUGAGACUGCUCCUUUAGUUAUAGGUACUGCGAUAGAUUUCUUAACGAUGAAACAAGCUCUGUAUCUUGGAACAAUAAAGUUAAUUUAACAAGCAAAGUGGUCAUUACCACGUAAAAAUGUAUUUUUAAUUAUUUCCUCAUUUAGCAAACUAAGUAGGUAG